CAUAGCAGGGGGUUGGAACUACGUGAUCAUUGUGGUCCUUUUCAACCCAGGCCAUUCUAAGAUUCUUUAGCAAGAGGUGGCUUGAGAAGGUGUCACAAGUUAUCCUUAGAUAUAAGUCUGUGACAGGGAGGCACAAGCCCCGGGAAGAGGAGAAAAAAAAGGGGGGGGUACGAACCGUUUGCCGCGACCUGGCCGGCCCCGGGCCACGUGCGCUCCGGGAGAGGGGGAAGGGCAGAGAGCUAGCGAUAGUUUUAACAAAGAGAAAACGCAACGGCAGCGAUCUGAGGAGGAAGGGUAAUUUACUGAAUCUAAACUAAAUCAAACGAGAGAGACAAGAGUAUCAAAAAAUGAGAGUCAAACGACGCCAGUGCGAGGGAAAGCACGUGCUUCCUCCGCGGCGAGCUGAGACGGCUGAGCCGGGGCCAGACCGGGAGAGGCAGCCGCUCCGGGUCCGCAGCUCCGCCCCACUGCCUCUGCCCGCCAGCUCCUCCGGGGAUGCCGCCCCCUCCCCUCCCAUCAGGAUGCUCAGCGUCCACAACAGUAAACGGAACCAGAACAUUAACUCGUUAACUCCCACUGGUCCACAUGAUGUUCUGAUGUGGAAUACUGACAACAAAAAAAUCACGAAACCACAACAGAAGGUGAAUGCUAGUCCAAACAGGGGGGCAGAUCUCAGGACAGUGGGAACCGGCAGCUCCAAAAACAGGACUGGAGUGCCACUGCUGGACGAGGGCAGCACCCUGGUGAUACAGGACAUGCUUUAGGUGGAAAGACUUCACCAGCACGGGUGGCCUUGAAAGAGUUGUGCCCAGUCUCGGGUGCCCAGCACAUGAGAGUGUUGGACUUAUGGGAGAAUCCACAGAGGACCACCGGGCUGAGUAAGGGGAGGCAUGGCAGAAGAACACAGGGGCCCCUGCUGACCCUGUGCUUCCUGUGGGCAUGCGAGCUGCUAUCCCUUGGGCAGCUGCUAGCACAUGGGCCUCUGUGGGCCCACAGCCACAGCCUGGGCUUUGUAAUGGGUGGACGGCACCACACCAUUGUGACAUGGAAUGGUAACUACAGCAACAACAUCCCUGGCAGGGUCAGAGCCCUAGGGGUGCUCACUCCUAGGAGAGCAGCUCUGUCAGGAGGCAGCAACUCUCCUGGGUGCCUUUCUCUGAUCUCCGGACGAGGACAUGGAGAUGCCAAAGGAAGAGGAGCCUAAGGCUCACUCUCAGCCCAACAAAGGGCUGCCAAGUGUACAGGAGCAAGAUGAGGUGAUCCACAGGCCACCUCACACAAUGACAGCGGGCAGCCAGAGCCCAGAAUCCACCCUCCAAGAGGACAGGCUGCCGCCGCUGCCAUCUCCACAUGGCAGCCACCAGGGACAGACAAACAAGCUGGAAGACAAUGAGACACUGCCUGGCAAUGGGGUCCUGCAGGAAGAUACGGCCAGCGUGCCCACCUUGCCACCUCCGCCAGAGCAGGCAGUGGCUCAGGCAGCUGCACCAGAGCACGUGCCCACAGCUGAGAUACCAACAUCUGCCAGCGGCACCUGCGAGCUGCCUGAUCUGCCAGCAGCAGCAGCCUCUGUCUCUAGUGGCAGAAGAAGGGAAAAGGUCUUUGUGCCUGAAGCCCCGGGCCAUCAGGAGCUUUGCACAACUGCUCUGGACAGCCUUGGCAAACAGGAUGAAGCAGCAGGAUCGGGCAAACAGAAAAGUGCUCCACCAAGCCCAGCCAUCAGUGACGCAGCAGUGGAGAACACUGUGCAAUCCCCCCUGCCACAAGUCCAGACAGAAACUGUGGCUGUAUGCAUCGGACAGCAGGACCUGACACAAGCUCAGCAAGCAGCAGGAGCAGCAAAAGCAGACGAGGCCCAGGAGGCCACAAACAGAGUCACUCCUCAAUCAGGGCCUGGUCCCCAAGUGCAUACAGCAGCAAUGGCUGCCCACAAAGAAGCUGUGCCCACUUCCUCAGGUAGGGGCUACAAAACGCCAGAGCACCAGGAAGGGACUUGGGCCGAGCGGCACUCAGCAGUCCUGAAGCCGUGCAUCCGGUGCCAAGUGAUAGGUGCUAGGCUGUGGGUGCACCAUGAGACUCGAAGGCCAUGUCGAAAGAUCGUGUCAGAGCAGACAGAGCUGCUGACAGAGAUGGGUAAAAGUUGUGCAGCCUGUACUGGGCAAAGCCUAGCCAGCUUCUGGGAAUUAACUAGGCAGAUAAAGAAGCCAAAGAAGCAGCAAGCAGAGCAGAAAGUCCCAUGUGAGCCACAGGACAUGGCAGAGAAGGAUGAGCUGGGAGAAGGUGAUGAUGAAGAGCCAGUGAUCAUAAACCACUGGGUCAACCCUAGGAUCAAAGCCUUCUGCCGGGACCUGCAGGAUUCUCCUCAGCAAACGCCCAGCUCUUCCAGCAUCACGGACACAGAUGUUUCGGGAGAGUCAGAUGGCCAGGCACAGAGCACAGCUCUUCCUGCUGCAUCAAGUCACACAGAUGCCAAGGCUGGAGGUGAUGCGCAUGAUGGCCAUGGGAUGCCAGCAUCCAUGUCAACAGUGGAAGAAGAGAAUGCUCCAACUUCAUCCCUCCAGAGCAAACAGAGAACAGCUGCGAGGGAUGAGAGCCAGGGGCCUUGUCUGCAUGACCCAACAGCCUGUGCCAUUUCUCUGGAGGACACAGCCCAGGCCAUGACGAACAAGCUGGAAGACAAUGAGACACUGUCCGGCAAUGGGGUCCUGCAGGAAGACACGGCCAGCGUGCCCACCUUGCCACCUCCACCAGAGCAGGCAGUGGCCCAGGCAGCUGCACCAGAGCACGUGCCCACAGCUGAGACACCAACAUCUGCCAGUGGCACCUGCGAGCUGCCUGAUCUGCCAGCAGCAGCCUCUGCCUCUAGCAGUGUCAGAGGAAGGGAAAAGGUCUUUGUGCCUGAAGCCCCUGGCCAACAAGAAUCUCUCCCGUCUGCUGGCAGGAGUCACAGUGAGCACCGGCCACGGCGCAAUCUGCUCAGGAGGGCACUUGAGCAUCUGUUCAGGGUUUGCUGCUGCUGCUGCAGCAUCACAAGACAGGAAGAGUAGCAGUGUCAGGCCACCAGUACCAGGUGACUUCUCAGAGCUGGUCGCUGGCCCUCAAGGAACUGUGCAGCACCCUGAGGAAUCAUCACAAGACAUAGCAGGACAGCACACAGUAUCACAGUGAUGUGCCAGAAGAGACAGUAGUCACUUCACUGGGCAAAAGUCCCAUUCAGAAAGGGAAAUAUGCCAUAUCUGGCACAGUGGGCCACCCAAAAAUGGACUACUCACAGUGUGGGACAGAGAAAUCUGCUUAGACAUAUGGAAUGCGGUUAAACACAGGACCAUACUUGUCUACCAUGUUUCUGGUUACCAAUCUCUACAUGUGUGCUGGACAAAAGACAAUGUGGGCAGCUGCUAAAGCUGAUAUCGCCUAGGCAUGCCGAGACUGCGACACUGGCUCCAAGAUGAGACCAAGACCAUUGCCUGAUACAAGAGCCCAUCUUGCUAGAGGACACAAUCCACUCCAUCAAUAGCAGGUCGAUUUCAUUGGGCCCCUCCCUCCAUCUGCGGGGGUGAGAUAUGCCCUCAUCUGCAUCAGGUCCCUUCCAACCCAAGCCAUUCUGUAAUCCUAUGUGAUCCUACAACUGUGUUUUUAAACUUCUCUGGUUUUCAGACCUUCAAUCAGAUUGUAGUUCUGGCUUGAUAAUAAAUUCACCAACAUUUAAUAGCCCAGAGAG